AUGCUCAACCUUUGGCGGGGUCAAGGCUGUGGCUCUGCAUGCCUCAAGUUUCAUGCAGGCAUAGACGAAGCACCGGACACGGUGAUCCAUGAAGUCUGGGCCAGAAAGUUUCAGCAGGAGAAUGGCAACAAGGCCACGAUGUCGGAAGCGACCGCCUUUCAGGUUUUCCUUCGCAUCCCUGCGUCUGCCUUGGAUGCCUUGCAGCAGACUACUGCUUCAGGUGUUUAUGUGGAGCCUAGGGAGCCGGGUCUUGCCACGGGGCCUAGCCCUGAGUAUGCUGUAAUAUGGCUGCCGGGUAUGGAUUACCAAGCGGCGCAGCACUGCAAGCGCAAGACAGAUAAAGCCCUGGCCCUCACAAGAAUUGGGCACAAGUAUGGCGUUAGAGUUCAUUCAAAAGACGAGGAAGUCGCUUUCAGGGCCCUGAGGCCAGAGCAUGUGUUCUCCCGUGUUAAGGUAGUGGAGAAGUAUCGCCUGCACCCACUACCCCAUGGGUUGACCAGACAGGGGUUGCAACAAUUAUUGGAUGCUUGGCAGUGGGCUGCGAAGCCCUUGCAGCCUUCAAAAGGUGAUGCAGCUGGUGCUGCUUGGGACGUUGGUGCAGAAUGUCCUCCGCCUUCAGCAGCCCUGUCGACAUGCCUAGGCUUUGUCCUUCCCGUGCAGAUUAGCAGCCCGGACCCAUGGGCUAAUGGGCAAGAUCCAUGGGCUAAGUUCAAGCAGAGCAACGGUGACGCCCCGAAAGUGUCUGCCAGUGCCACAGCCAAGAUCCAGGAGGUCCAUGCGCAGCUGCGUCAGGAGGUGGAUGAGGCAGUGCAAUCCUCACUUGCGGAGCGCGAGCAGCUGGAUGGGGCGACCGAAAGCCGGUUUCAACAACUGGAAACUAGCCUCACGGAACUCCGAACCCAAGGUCAGAAGUUUGAGAGUUGGUUUGCCGAAGCCGGCAAGCGCAUGGAUCAGACUGCUCUCGAGGUUGGCGCCUUAAAGACCACAAUGCAGGGCCAGCAGUACGAGCUCAGCCAACUGCAAGGCCAGGUCGCGGUACAGGGAAAGAUGGUCCAGAACACGGUCUCCCAGGCUGAUUACCGUGAG